ACCUACUCUUGAAAUCUAGAAUGGCGACUGCUGUAUCUCAACUAUAUUUUUCUGUCAACCUAUAACCCAUUUUGACUUUGUUUGGAUUAUUCUUUGAAUUAUAAACAGCUCACCAACCGCUUUAAUCCUAUCUGAAAUAAGUUAUAAUACCAAUUUAAAACUCCAACAAUGUAUGACGUUGGCUCUGAAACAGAUUCAAUUGAUCCUAGAGUGCAUAUUGAACUAGAAAGACUGAACUCCGCUACAGAUGAAAUCAAUAGAUUGGAAGUUGAACUUGAUGAUGCCAGAAUCGAUUUUAGGCUUUUAUUAUGUGAAGGUACACAAAAAACAGAUUCUUUGAAAAGUAAACUAGGAAUGUGCGUUGAAAGAGCAAAACCUUACUACGAAGCUAGGAUUGCUGCCAAUGAAGCUUUUAAAAGCACACAACAAGCUGCAAUCAAAUUUGAAAAAGCAAAUAGUUCCCAUAGAGCAGCAAGAGAAAUGGUUUUUCUGGCUGAACAAGGACUGGGAGGCAGAACUCUAGAUCCUGCUUGGCAAGAAAUGUUGAAUCAUGCUACUCAACGAGUUAAUGAAGCAGAAAAGGAAAGAACUACAUCAGGAGCUGAGCACAGACUCGCUUGUAUAAAACAUGAAGCAGCCUGUGUGAAAGUCCAAGCAUUGCAAAAAGAUUUGAAAAGAGCAAUAUCAAAGAGCAGACCCUAUUAUGAAGCUAAAGCUCAUUAUAAUACUCUCUUAGAGCAAUAUAAAAAUAAAAUACAGAAUUAUGAAUCUCAAGUUUCUAUCGUAAAAUUAACAUAUGCUGAAGCUCUUCGAAAUUUGGAACAAAUUUCUGAUGAAAUUCAUACAAGAAGAAGAAACUCUUCUAUUCCUUCUGGAAAUUAUACAAAGAACAAUCCUAAAAGGAUAAGUGUGGAUUCCAAUGAAUCUCUACUAGAUGAUGCUCAGGAAUUAAUAACUUUGGAUGGAACAGCUGCAACUUUCACACCGCAUGCUAUUGCAGGUGCAAGUAGUACAAUGGAAUUCCAUAGAAGCCAAGAAGCUGGUAUAUCUCCAACAUUCUCUACAACCCCAAGUGAAAAUAUAGGAAAUCCUAUUAGUUCAAGAACUCAAUCAAGCGAGUGGAUAGAAAUAAGUUUGGAAAAUUCAAGUCCUGAAGAGGAGCUAUUCUCAAAAAAUUCUGAAGUAAUCUUCAAACAACCAUUAACAGAGCAAAUUACUUCAUCAAAUAAUAUGACUGAGAAUGAUUGUUCCAUCAAAAAUAAAAUCAAAUUGGAUUCUAGGAUAUCUAAUUGGAUUUCCAGAUCAUCUUUAUCCAAUGAUAAUAAUGGAAGUAAUGGAGCAAGAAGACAAAGUCUAGAUAAUCUUCUGGGUCCAACAAGUGAGAAAAUGAAAGGAAUGCUUUCACAAGGCAUGAUGUUGUUGAAUAUUGGUAACUCAACAGAAAGACGAAACAGUGAACCUAAGUUAGGUUUAACAGAAGAAAGACCAAAAUUUUCUACAAAGAAAUUACCUAGUCCUUUAGAAAAAACUCUUACAUAUCUCUCAGCUGAUGAUGAUACAUCUGAUACUGAAAGUUUAUCAAGUGUUGAUAUGCUAAAUGAUGAUCAAAUCUGUUCAUUGAUGCUAGAUAAGGACAUUGAUAUUGUAUGUGAACAACUCCUGGGAACACCAAUCAAUGAAGUUGUUUCUGGUCCAUUUUAUGCUUCUUCUGGUUUUUCCAGCAAUUGACAUAGUAUAUGCGAUGUAGUACAAUAAUGAUAUUCCUCUUUUUAUGUUUUUUUGUCAUUUAUUAUUUUCUUUAGAAUAGGCAUGUUUAAUAUCACUCUUUUCCAAAAUUCACAAAAUAUUUAACUCUUUUCAAAUGUUCUGCAGUAAUAUUAAAAAAAAUGCUAUAAUAAAAGGUAUCUGGUUUCUGUUAA